AUGUUGGACGCGACGGAUGCAACAGCGGCGGCGUCGCUAAAAACUCUGCCGGAAAUUCUAUCUGCUCUGUCCAACAUUGAUUCUGAGGAAACCGAACUGUCGACGUCCCUUGCCGGGCUAGUGGCCGCCCAAGAGCCGAUUAUUGCUGCCGUGUCGCGUCUGCAAGCCCUUACCCCUCAUUUGGACGCGCUCAAUGGCGAGGCAUCGCUGCUCGACGACAGAGUAUCCAAGACUGCUGGCACUGCAAUGCGCGUCGGCGGACGGGUAAGGCAGCUUGACAAACAGAUGCAUCGCGUUCAGGAAGCUGCCGAACGGGUUGGCCAAGUAAUGGAUCUCAAGUCGUCACUAGCAGAAUUGCGUUCCUCCAUGGAGAGGAAGGAUUGGGAGGCGGCGAGCCGGCAUUGUGCUCGGGCAAUGCAUCUCCCACCGGACGUCAUUUCCGGCCCGUUUGCAGAGAAGGCUGUCCCCUCUUCAGAAGACCCUCGUCCACCAGCGCAGGCGCUCCAAGCCGCGCGCGAGGAGCUUUUAGAGGUCUUUCGCCGCGAGUUCCAAGCGGCGUCUGCAUUACGGGAUGCCGUGGCGACCAGUCGGUUCUUCAAGCUGUUCCCGACGAUAGGGUGGGAGACUGAAGGACUGGACGCCUAUGCUGCUUUCGUGGUUGACCUUGUCCGCGUGCGCCCGCCACCGUCUGCGAAGCCGUCUUCGCCGUUGUACUACACAACAGUGCUGACUGCUCUCUUCGAGAGCAUCGCGAUCAUAAUCGACCAGCAUCAGCCUGUCGUAGAAAAGUAUUACGGUGCUGGCAAGAUGACUCUCGUCAUCCGCCGACUUCUUGAAGAAUGCGACCGAAUAUCUAUCGGCUUACUAGACAACUGGAAGGAGCAACGAUCAAUCGAACGAAAGCUCGCGGAGACUUCUACGUCUCCCUUUGCUCUGACUUCUCACGGAUUGAGAAAGCCUCCGCACCAGGUUGGAGCUGCCAUGACUGAAGACGAUACUUUGGACGGGCGGGAGAUCGAUCAAGUCAUCACGGAGGUUGCAACUAUGGCUGGACGGUGGAGCCUCUUCCGCAAGUUCUUGAUCAACCGAUUACAGGAAGAACUGGAAGAAGACAGCGAUAGCACCUCUCAAGACGGCGAACGUGCGAAGCCUUCAAAGUCAUCACAGCAGGAGACUUCUAGUUCCGUCGCGUUACAAGCUAGCAUCACGGCCCUGGACUCGUCCGCUACCCGUCAAAGCUUCGAUAAACUGCUGGAAACUUGCUACAUCCCCCUGGAGCUAUGGUAUAUCCGCACCGUCAUUGACAAGGCUCACCACCUUGCAAAAGCGGAUAUCACGAGCAUGCCGGCGACAACCACUGCACCAGACGAUGUCUUUUUUGUUCUGAAGAUUGUCAUGCAGCGAACUCUGUCCACUGGUUCGCCGCGCAAUGUAUUGCGUACAUGUGAACUUCUGAGAGAAGUCAUGGACUAUGAUUAUGCUUCUGUUAUUAAACGCAAGUUGGACGACGUUUAUCGUACAGCCGUGCCAUCUUCGGGAUCACGCGGGGAGAAGACCGAACGGGACCUCAAAGCAUCUUUUAUUACCCUGCUGAACGACCUUGAUGUUUCAUCAUCUCAUAUGGACCGGCUUGUCAGAGACAUACUGGGCUCCACCGCCAUCGAACAAGGUUUCAUUGACCAAGAAGCAGAUGAUGUCCGCUCGACUAUCUCUCAGUUUUCAUCGCUGGUACCAAAAUUCCGAGCAACGCUCAGAGCCGGUGUUGAGCAAUUAUUCAAUCAACUUGUCCGUCCCAAGCUACGAACAUUCCUAGCGGAUGUCUAUAAAGACGUCACCUAUGUGUUGGACGAGGAAUCGUACGCCGCAGCCGAGUAUCAGGAGGUAGUGAAGAAGCGUUUCAUCAAGAAUCUUGACCUGAUCAUAACCACAUACAAGGAAAUGUUCACAGAGAAUAACUUCGGGGUGUUUUUCGUCCUGUUACUGGAUAUUCUUAUACGGCCAUGGGAGAAGCAGAUUACGAUGUUCCGGUACAACGAGCUGGGCGCAAUCCGCUUGGAUCGAGAUCUUCGUGCAGUGCUGAGCUGGAUGUCCGGCCAGACGGUUUCUGCAGAUGUUCGGGAGAAAUUCACUCGGCUUCAACAGAUUUCGAUCUUACUCAAUCUGGAUAAUGACGAGGACGUUGAAGAUUUUUACAACGGCUCCGGUAUACAGUGGAAACUGAGCGCUGAAGAAGCACAGGCCAUCUCUGCCCUCAAAACAUGA